AUGCCGCUACAACCUUCUGACAUUGACACCGAUCUCGAACAAGACACACGAGAGCACGCACAAUCUGUCAACCGCACCGCUACAAUGACUACUCAUCGCGACAGCACUCCUAUGGAGAUCGACAUCGAAAACAGCGGUCUUCCAUCCCCGGCUGGCACCGACAUCCGUCCCAGAUCGCCGGGCAAGAGUGACUCUGGCAAGAGCGAUGACAGCACGUCUUCAUACACAGAUGACUUCGAGACCUUGCCAUCAAGCGGUCCGGCCAGCCAUGCUCAUAUCCUCGAUCUCGGCGAGUAUGCUGCGUCUAUGAAAGAAGAUGGCGCGCUCAAGCUUCAAGAUGCUGUUGUCACCGCUCUCUACAACGUCUCACCUGCCACUCUCAAAUCAUUCGUCAGCCCGACCGUCAACACCUUCAAGGCCGUGUUCGGCAAGAAGGAAGUUCAGCUAGUCAUCUGGCGUAAGGGUCUAGAGGUCUUCAUCGGCACCUUCGAGCAUCAUACGUCCAUGAAGGCCUACCGUUUCGAGCACGUCGCCGGAUUCCUCAUCGGUUACGAUGGAUCUUGGCACCUGAAGGUUACUGCCAGCAACGCGUACUCCGCUCCAAAGUGGCCCGAUGUAUGGGCGGGCAAAUUCGAGUGCCAUGGCGGCGUUGCUAAGAUGACCAUCGAGACCGAAGAGAUGGAGAUGGCAAAGCGCGCCUCGGCAUUGGCGACUGCAAUGAUCGGUGGCAGAUAUUGGGAGUUGAAGACGGAUGUCAAGAUGACUUGA